AUGGAUCUCAUACCAAAUCUUGAUUACAUCGAUGUGACUAAUCAACUGUUGAAACGUUGUGGAUCCAAAAUAAGAAUUCAACAUUUAGCUGAAUGCACAGUGGAAGUCUUUGCGGAUAUAUAUCGUGGCCUUUUUCAUAGAUUACCGCCAGAUUAUAUUCAGUACCCUUCAGGAUUACAAGAUCGCAUUCAUAACUGCCAAUUGCUUAUCGAUUCAUUGGCGAAAGAUAUCUUAAAAACUGAUUUAUCACAUAUUUCCGGUGAAGAAAUCGCUAGAGGUAGCCUAACUCGCGUACAGUUUCUUCUCGAAAUAUAUUUUGGACUUAAAGAAUGUUACUUAGAUUGGAAAAAACCUCACAGUAUCGAAGGUAUAGAUUUUGAUAGUGAUACCGAAAGUGUAGACUCUAAUGGCUUGGAUGAUAUUGGAAAAUCGAUCAUUAAGACCGUUAUAGAACAGGAAUUAGAAAACGACAGUAGUGACUUUGAAAAAGAAAAUAUCAAUCAGAAGCUUAUUUCAAGAGAUUUUAUGAAUGAUAAUGUCCGGUCUAAUAGUUCGGAUACAUCAAAGGCAGCAAGCAGUAAGUUUCACACAAAAAUCUUUCGUAAACAUUAUCUCCGCGAAAGUGUGACAUCCGAUCAAGACUCCAGCGAUUCUGACUCAACAUACGAUUUAAUUGCCCAGGUGGCUGUAGCCAACGAUGCCAUUUCAUCUACAGAUAGUUUAAAUGAUGAUGAUUUAAGACAGGAGGUUGAUAAUGUGACAACUCCUAAGCUAGACAUAGCACAUCACAAAGUAAAUAGGAAGAAAAUUAAUAAAAUAUCAGGAGAUUACGAUGAUAAAGCCAGAAAAUUGGAUGAUUUUCAGGUCCUUGACGAAUAUUAUAGCUUGUUAUCAUCACAGAAUGAUUCAGAUUUAAUUUUACAAUCAAGCUUAUCCAGUCAUUCAUUAACUCCAGAAAGCUCUGAAAGUAAUUCUCUUGAUGAAAAAAUCGAAACAGCUAUAAAUAUUCAAAGGGAAAACUGGAGUAAAUCUAUUGAAAAUAAAUACGACAAUGCCAAUCCAGUGGGUGCUAAAUUAGGAGGGUUAAUGGAUGGUGACAAAUCUUGUGAAAAGGGUUCUAUCAGUAAUCGUAUAAGUAAUAAUAAGUCCUUUGGAGAUGAUGAAAGAUUGACACGAUUGGACAAUACAGACGGGAAUAAAGUAGAAAAAGCGUCAUAUACCUCAGUGAUUUCUCAUCAUACUGGAGAUAAAACUGAUAGGCAGCAUGAGUAUCGGCAAACUGUGAUUGACAGCCAGUUAGCCAAGAAUAAGAACGACUACAGCGACAUGCUACUAACAGAAACUAAGCCGCCACCAGAAACGAAAGAGUUAAAAGAUUAUCAGUCCAAAAAUGCUAAUUCUGGUGACGAAGUUCAACGUAACAGUAUCUUCGAAUCGAGUAGUGAAUUAAGCUCUAAGAAUCAUGACUCGUCGCAUUUAAAUACGACUGACAACAAUCGAUAUAAGAAAUUGGCAACAGCGGACACUAAGCUUUAUAAAACUGAAAACUAUCGUAAUGCAUUAAUUGAAAAGAAUGACUCGAAGAAAAGAUAUCAAAAUUUAGAAAUCGACAUUAAAGAUCUUAAGAAUAAUAUAACGAAUAUUUCUGAAAAAGCAUCAUGUAGUGACGAUUAUUCAGAGACAAAUCCAAAUGAAGUUGGCAACAAUGCAGAAUUGAAUCAAGACAAAUAUGCUCAAUUAAAGGAAACUUUAAGAAACUUACGAGAGCAAAGAUCUACAUUUCCUAGUCAACCUAUUUCUACAGAGGAGCCUUUAGUAGAUUCCUAUAGUAGAAACCCAUCUGUAAGAUUUGCUGACUACGUAAGAGAUCGUAGUUUGGAAGAAUUCGAUGGAAGCUUGAGUAAUGAAGAGAAAUAUUUCUCCAACACUAAUAACACUAAAAUUGUUGAUCGAAAGUAUCGUUAUGAUGAGGUAAAGAGUGGUCCUACUCGUAAGCAAAGUAAAAGAAGGGAUAUUAAUGAUGAGACCGCAAAAGAUUUGAUACAGAAAAUAAGGAAUAGGAAUGUGUUACAAACUAAGGAAGUCCAGCGGCAGUUAGAGAGAGAAAAGCAGAUAGAAAGAUUAUGUCUUGAACUGCUAAAGUCUUCUUAUCAGCAUGAGCUGGAAGAUUUAUCAUUAGAAAGAAAAGAAGAAAUUACUGCAACGAAGAAGGUAGCAUUUAAAAAUAAAAACGAUAAGAACAAGAAGAAGCAGAAACAUCACCCAAAAAGUACAUCAUUACAAUGCAACAUUAAAAAUUUUCUGUUAUAA